CUACCUUAAAAGAGACCAUUGAUUCAAGAUGUCUUCCAACAGGAUAUAGUGCUAAUAUAGUCCCAUUACCAGAUUCUUAUCGAUUAGAAAAAGGUCCAAAUAUUCUUACCUCUGAUGAACAAGAUGCAACUCCAAUAGAAGAAAAAAAUAAGGCAGUGGAAGAAGUAGAAGCAAAUAGGAGUCAAGAAGUGCAUACAGAAUUUAUAAAUGCACUUAGUCACGUUAAUACUUGGUAA